AUGUCCUCCUUCUCCGAGUUGGCGCUGGAGAAGAAGCUCUCAGAGCUGAGCAACUCUCAGCACAGCGUGCAGACCCUCUCCCUGUGGCUCAUCCACCACCGCAAGCACGCGGGCCCCAUCGUCUCGGUGUGGCAUCGCGAGCUCCGCAAAGCCAAAUCAAAUAGAAAGCUUACUUUUCUAUACUUAGCCAACGAUGUCAUUCAAAACAGUAAAAGGAAAGGACCCGAAUUCACGAGGGAAUUUGAAUCUGUCCUUGUGGAUGCUUUUUCUCACGUUGCCAGAGAGGCAGAUGAAGGCUGUAAAAAACCUUUAGAAAGAUUGCUGAACAUCUGGCAAGAAAGAAGUGUGUAUGGCGGCGAGUUCAUCCAGCAGCUGAAGCUGUCUAUGGAGGACUCCAAGAGCCCUCCCCCCAAAGCAACAGAGGAGAAGAAAUCUCUGAAGCGGACUUUUCAGCAAAUACAAGAGGAGGAGGAUGACGACUAUCCUGGCAGCUACUCUCCCCAGGAUCCUUCUGCAGGGCCCCUCCUGACUGAGGAGCUGAUCAAAGCUUUGCAGGACCUAGAAAAUGCUGCAUCAGGGGAUGCUACUGUCCGACAGAAAAUUGCUUCUUUACCCCAGGAAGUGCAAGAUGUUUCUCUUUUGGAAAAAAUAACAGACAAAGAGGCAGCUGAACGUCUUUCAAAAACAGUAGAUGAAGCAUGUCUGUUACUAGCCGAAUAUAACGGGCGCCUGGCGGUGGAGCUGGAAGACCGACGCCAGCUGGCUCGGAUGUUGGUGGAGUACACCCAGAACCAGAAAGACGUUUUGUCAGAAAAGGAGAAAAAACUGGAAGAAUAUAAACAGAAGCUUGCUUGGGUAACCCAGGUCCGCAACGAACUCAAGUCCCACAUUCAGAGCUUGCCAGACCUCUUGUUGCUGCCCAACGUCACAGGGGGCUUGGCCCCCCUGCCCUCUGCUGGUGACCUGUUUUCAACUGACUAGGGCAGGUGUCAUGCCCCAGAUUCCCAUCUGUACCAGCAGAAAGAAGAGGGCAUGUCAUGGUUGGAAAUAACCUGGAAGCCCCUGGUUCUGUCCCUCGUUCAGUCGGCCCCCAUCCUCAAGAAAGAACCACAGGCUCUGAUUCUCCUCCCUCUCCGGCCUCUCCUCUGUCGAGCACAAUUGAGAACAG